UCUAUAAUAGUCCCCCUUGCGUAGUAAUUGAUAUGCAAUGAACGACUUCGUAAUUUGACAUAAAAUUUAACGAAGUUUACCUACAUUGUUUACUUAACGGCACGAUAAUGUCAUAGCAUGUUUCAAGGGGACCAUUAAAUUCCCAUCACGCCAUUUCGACUUGAACUUUCUUCAUCGUCUCACUUCUAAGUCUUGCGCCGUUCUCGAUUUUCAGUAUGAUGAUGAUACCAGAUCACCUGUUCGACGAAGGAAUCAAUAACAGUAUGUUUGAAAACGAAAUGAAAUAUGUUCAAAAUAAAAAAACUGUGUAUGAUAGAACGCAACGAGAUUAUGAACAAGAACAAAGAGACUUGCUUAACUCACAAGAUGGCGACACGUGUGAAAUCCACGAUCAGUUUUAUCGCGAUCACAAACUUUUGUUGGUUCUGUUUCGGGCACUUGCUGUCAUGCCUAUUACUAGAUCGAGGCCAGGUACGAUCACCUUCAGCUGGAAAUCCUCUGCAACGAUGUACGCAAUUUGCUUUUAUAUAGCAGCCACCGCAGUCGUUUUAGUGGUCGGCUAUGAGCGUUUAAUGAUUUUGCGUUCAAUCCAACGCUUCGAUGACUACAUUUAUGCUAUUUUGUUCGUCGUGUUUCUCGUCCCACAUUUUUGGAUACCUUUCGUCGGUUGGGGAGUUGCUAACCAAGUUGCUGUUUAUAAGACUAAUUGGGGAAAAUUUCAGGUUAGGUACUAUCGAGUGACCGGGGAGAAUCUUCAAUUUCCAAAUUUGAAAACGUCAAUCGUUAUCAUAAGCGUGGGAUGUUUGCUUCUUGCCGUGUGCUUUCUCCUGAGUUUGUGCGCCCUUCUCGACGGCUUCCUGCUGAGACACACGAUGGCCUACUAUCACAUAAUUAUCAUGAUCAACAUGAACUGUGCACUCUGGUACAUCAACUGCAAAGCUAUUAAAAUUGCAUCGCAAAGUCUUGCUGAAAGCUUCCGCAGGGAUGUAGAGCGGGAAUGUUCGGCCAAGUUAAUAUCGCGGUACCGAUUUCUGUGGCUCAAUCUUUCAGAAUUGCUUCAGUCACUUGGAAAUGCAUAUGCACGGACUUAUUCUACAUACUGCUUAUUUAUGUUCUUCAACAUAACUAUCGCUGUUUACGGAGCGCUGUCGGAGAUCGUUGACCACGGCUUCGGGUUCUCUUUCAAAGAGAUGGGUCUCAUCGUCGACGCGGCAUAUUGCUCUACUUUGCUGUUUAUCUUCGCUGAUUGCUCUCAUAAGUCUACAUUGAAGGUAGCAGCUGGAGUUCAAGAUACAUUGUUGUCUAUAGACGUGUUGGCGGUUGAUAGACCCACACAGAAAGAGAUCGACCACUUCAUUCAAGCAAUAGAGAUGAACCCGGCUGUGGUUAGCCUCAAGGGAUACGCGCACGUUAAUAGAGAACUUCUGACAUCUGCAAUACGGAUGAUCGCAAUAUACCUAAUAGUGCUGCUCCAAUUCAAGAUAUCGUUGCCGAAAGAACCCCAAGCUGCCACCAUAGUAUAGCUACUUCAUAAUUCAACGCAAACGCCCCAGUUCGACUGGGGAUUUACCAUUGUCACUCAAAAGCAUUAUGGUAACUUUACUUUCGCGCGAGAUUUCCGGAAGUUAAAUCUUCGCAAACCAUACCUUUCAUUUCCACAGAGGGUAGCGCUUCAAGUAUUAAUUUGCAUGCCUGAAGUGAUUCACUCACUAAUUUGUUAAUUGUGCCUUAAAGUGUUUAAGUAGUGUUCAGAAAUUAUUAUAAUUACAUUUUUGUACAUAUAAAUCUAGCAAACAUAUACCCCCUUAUUCAUAGACUUUUUUAUCUAACGACCGAGUAAGGCUGUGAUAACAAGUCUGUUUCUCAGU